GCUUCUUCUUCUUCUUCUUCUUCUUCUUUCUUCUUCCCCAAAUUCAAAGUUUCAAAAUGUCAGAGCAGUAAGUUCAGAAGCCUCCCAGUCGCUGCGGCUCUCUUGUCUUCACUCGCUCGUCGUCCCCGAAUAAGGAACUUCCUCUCACUUCAGGUGGGUUUCUGAAUGUGAUUGAAUUGGUCGACGGAAAUGUCCCUCCUCAGUAGAUUCUUCUACAAAAGACCCCCGGAUGGGUUGCUCGAAUUUGUCGACCGGGUUUAUGUUUUCGAUUCCUGCUUUUCAACGGAGGUAUUGCCGGAGGAAAUGUACCAAGUCUAUCUGCAUGAGAUCUUGGGUGAGUUACAUGAAGAGUUCCCAGACUCGGCAUUUCUCGCGUUCAAUUUCCGCGAAGGUGAGAAACGCAGCCAAUUUGCCGAAAUCCUGUGCGACUGUGACAUCACCGUCAUGGAUUAUCCACGCCAGUAUGAGGGUUGUCCCCUCUUACCUUUGUCAUUGGUUCAACAUUUUCUUCGUGUCUGCGAGAGCUGGCUUUUGGUCGGGAAUCAGCAGAACAUCGUUCUGCUGCACUGCGAGAGAGGAGGCUGGCCACUCUUGGCAUUCCUAUUGGCAGCUUUCUUGAUUUUUAGAAAAUUGUACAGCGGAGAACGGAAGACACUCGACAUUGUUCACCGAGAGGCUCCUAAAGGAUUUUUGCAGCUCCUCUCGCCAUUGAAUCCACUGCCAUCUCAGCUUCGGUACCUUCAGUAUAUUGCAAGGAGGAAUAUGUCUCCUGAGUGGCCUCCUCCAGAGCGAGCACUUUCUUUGGAUUGUAUAAUUGUGAGAGCCAUUCCUAGCUUUGAUUCGCAGAACGGUUGCAGGCCACUUAUCCGUAUAUUCGGCAGGAAUCUCCUCAGUCGAGGGGGCCUUUCGACACAGAUGCUUUUUUCCAUGUCCAAGACAAAAAAGGCUCUUCGACAUUAUCGACAGGGGGACUGUGAUGUCAUUAAAAUCGACAUUCAAUGUCUGGUUCAAGGAGAUGUUGUUCUAGAGUGCGUUCACUUGGACUUGGACUCAGAAAGGGAAGUUAUGAUGUUCCGGAUAAUGUUCAAUACUGCAUUCAUCAGAUCAAACAUACUGAUGCUGAACUCUGAGAACUUGGACAUUCUUUGGGAUUCAAAGGAGCGGUAUCCAAAAGGAUUUCGUGCAGAGGUAUUGUUUGGGGAUGUUGAGAGUGUCUCUCCACCGAGAGCUCCGAUCACUGUUUUAAAUGGAGAGGAAAAAGGCGGAUUGCCUUUAGAAGCUUUCUCCAGGGUUCAGGAACUUUUCAAUGGUGUUGAAUGGGUCGACAACAGUGAUGAUGCUGCACUUUGGUUGCUUAAACAACUUUCAGUCUUGACUGAUGUGAAAGAACUGUCUAGGUUACAAAACAAAGCAAAUUUGUACACUUCACCCGCUGAUUCCGAGGAUGAAAAUAAUACUUCCAGUGCAGCAGAUAGUUCAGAUGAAGCAUUCGAAUUUUUCCCAAAGCGGUCAACAGAUUCAAGAAAUUCUGGGAUGGAAACAAAUUUUGAUAACAAUAAUGUGUUUGAUGCCAAAUUUACUUCAGAACCCAUGGAUCAAGAAUCAGAUACAGUGGACCUGGACCCUCCACCUAUUGAUCAGCAAUCAUGUCUUGCAGACAGAACAGCUCAAACUCACUCGCUGGAGUUAACGUCAUCUAUGCCACCUUCUGCCUCUGAUUGUCUACCCCAACCACCAGUAUUGCUAGCAAAACUGCCGCCACCACCGCCACCGCCCCCUCCUCCUCUUGUACAAUCUUCCCAUCAACCUCCAGCUCCCCCUUUGCUUCCCUCUGGCAAUGCCUCUAAGGUGCCACCUCCGCCGCCGCCACCUCCUCCACCUCUUUUGCCAACUUUUCGUCCACCACCACCACCACCUCCCCCUUUACCAUUUUUCAACAACUUAGCUAAAGGGCCACAUACCCUACCCCCACCACCACCCCCACCUCCCCCAGCUCCAACAUCUAAACUCCCUUCACCAGGUCCUCCACCUCCCCCACCACCUCCACCAUUUGCAUCAAGAUCAAGUCAACUAUCUGUGAUGGCGCCGCCUCCACCUCCGCCGCUGCCACCUCCACCAUUCCAAUCUGCUUCAUCUAAAGGAUCUCCCCUUCCUCCUCCUCCACCUCCUCCUCCUCCUCCGCCUCCCUCCUUCACAUCAUUCCCAAGUCAAUCAUCCCUGCUUAAUCCAAUGCAAUCACCACCGUUGCCACCGCCGCCUCCUCCACCUCCAACCUUUAGUUCUAAAGGUCCUCCUCUCACUUCACCAACUUCCUCGCAGUCCUCUGCACAUAGCCAAACAUAUUUAGGGCUGUCACCUUCAUUUCCAGACUCUGGAACUUUUAAGUUGCAGCGACCACCGCCACCACCACCUCCUCCACCUCCUCCAGCAUUAUCGAAUUUAAUGUCUGCCACAAGAGGUGCUGUUCCUGGAGAAUCCCCUUCACCUUCCACAGCACAUAUUAGUCCCACGGUAAACCUUCCCAAGCCACCUCCACCGCCGCCGCCACCUCCUUCAGGCCUUGGACGGCCAGGUUUAUCCCCAUCACCAGCAGCUCCAAAGCCUCCUGGUGCACCUCCUCCACCGCCGCCACCACCUCCUUCAGGCCUUGGACGGCCAGGUUUAUCCCCAUCACCAGCAGCUCCAAAGCCUCCUGGUGCACCUCCUCCACCACCGCCACCACCUCCUUCAGGCCCUGGACGGCCAUGUUUAUCCCCAUCACCAGCAGCUCCAAAGCCUCCUGGCGCACCUCCUCCACCGCCACCACCAGCUCCUUCAGGUCCUGGACGGCCAGGUCAGUCCACAUCACCACUGGCGCGAAAUCCUCCCCCUGCACCACCUCCACCGCCAGCUCCUAAGCCUCCCGGUGCACCACCUCCACCGCCGGCUCCAAAGCCUCCUGGUCCACCUCCAUUUCCAGGAGCUAAGGGGACAAAUGUAGCACCACCACCUCUGCCAUCUAGUGGAAGGGGAAGAACUCUAGGGUCAAUUAAUCAAGGGAGGGGUCGAUCUGCUGGUGGGACUUCUAUCCCACCUAAAAAAUCCUCUUUAAAACCUCUGCAUUGGGUAAAAGUAACUCGUGCAAUGCAAGGAAGUUUAUGGGCUGAUUCUCCGAAGCAGGAAGAUCAAUCAAGGGCCCCUGAAAUAGACAUAUCAGAACUUGAGAGUCUCUUCUCAGCAGCUACUUCAGAUGGAAGUGGGAACAGAGCUGGUGCCCGGCGUUCUAACAUCAAUAAACCUGAGAAAGUGCAAUUGGUUGACUUGCGUAGAGCAUAUAAUUGUGAAAUAAUGCUUUCAAAGAUAAAAAUUCCUCUGCCGGAUAUGAUGAAUGCAGUUCUGGCUUUGGAUUCUUCAGCUUUGGACAUUGAUCAGGUUGAAAAUCUCAUCAAAUUCUGUCCCACCAAGGAAGAAAUGGAGACUUUGAAGAAUUAUGCUGGUGACAAGGGAUCGCUAGGGAGGUGUGAACAGUUUUUCUUGGAACUGAUGAAGGUUCCCCGCAUAGAAUCCAAGUUACGAGUGUUUGCUUUCAGAAUUACCUUUUCAAGUCAGGUGAAUGACCUAAGGGCUAACCUCAGUACUAUUAAUGAUGCAGCUCAAGAGGUGAAAGAGUCUGUCAAACUACGUCAGAUAAUGCAAACCAUUCUCACUCUGGGCAAUGCGUUGAACCAAGGAACAGCACGAGGUUCUGCUAUUGGCUUCAAAUUGGACAGCCUCCUUAAAUUGUCUGAUACUCGUGCGAGAAACAACAAGAUGACUUUGAUGCAUUACCUAUGCAAGCUUCUUGCUGAAAAAUUGCCGGAAUUGCUGGAUUUUGGCAAGGAUCUUGUCCAUUUAGAAGCUGCUUCUAAGAUCCAAUUGAAAUCUUUGGCGGAAGAAAUGCAAGCUGUGAGCAAAGGUCUUGAAAAGGUCGAGCAAGAACUUGCUGCUUCUGAAAAUGAUGGUGCCAUCUCUACUGGCUUCCAAAGAGUGUUGAAGAGUUUUCUUGACACUGCUGAAGCUGGAGUGAGGUCACUCAUUUCUUUGUACUCUGAAGUGGGCCGCAAUGCCGAUUCUCUGUGUCAAUAUUUUGGAGAGGAUCCAGCUCGCUGUCCCUUUGAACAAGUGACUCAAAUAUUGGCCGUCUUUGUGAAGAUGUUCAAUAAAUCACGCGAGGAAAAUGAAAGGCAGGCUGAUGCGGAGAAAAAGAAACAAGAGAAAGAAGCUAUGAAAGAAAAGACUGCUGCUAAUACGACUGCGAGAAGAUGAAGGGCUUGUCCGAACCAAAAGAAGCAGUAUUGCAAGUGUCUCCAAACAACCUCCUGAUUUGACAUGGCAUAUGAAACUAUGAAGCACAUGCAAAAGGUGGAUUCAGGGUAUAACUCAGUUAUUGCAUGCCCAAGAUGAUCGGGCUUUAUUGAACAAUCAAUUUUGAUUGUCUGGUACGUCCCGGGGGCUCCACUGCUGCGUCGAGGCAAACUUCUACAGAUGUAAAUGACUUUAAGAGGCAGAAAACUUUUACAAAAAUGUACUUUACUUAGGCGGGAUGCGGCAUUUUAACCCUGCUAUCAUGUCCGCUUUUCAUCUUUAGUAUGAUGCUAACUGGGCAUCAUGCUGAAGGUCCUGUAUAGCUCGUCGAAUUUCAAUUUUGUAGGCAAUGAAUUUGACUGGCAAUACGCGAUAUUAAUGCUGCGCCAGAGGCAGAAGCAAGAAAUCCAUUUUGAAUUCCCAAAACAAAUGCAAAUAAUUGCAGUUAUUCUGAUA